AAUCAUCAGAAUUUCAACGUAAGGUAAGCAAACCAAUUAAAUUUUAAAUGACGUGAACAAUGUUGAUUCGACAUGAUUUUAGCAUACAUGCCUGACAUAGAUGGGGCAACCACCAGAGAUGAGCUAGCUAGGCAGUCGAAAACUUUGCAGUCUGCGACCUUCUAAGGACGUAUUUUAAGACCGAUUGCGUCACAGCAGCGCGACUUGAGGCUGUGACUUAGUGAAUAGUUUAAUCUACAUCGACUGUCAUAUUUUCUAAAAUAAAUGAAUAUUUUUCUGAUUCCAUAUUUAUUUGAAUAUUUCAGAAACGUCUCCGCUUUGUCCUACUGACAGGCGCGGUGGGCGCGUGCAGCAGGUGACGCAAAUUGUAGGUCCUCCGAGGCUUAGACUGUCUCAUUUCAGUUCUCUUCGCGGUCUUCUGAGGCUGCCACCUUGAAAGACCGAGUGCUCGCCUUUUAAGGUCGUAUGCUUAGAAGGUUGCAGCCCUUGAAUUGGGACACAGCUUCUUUCUGCAUGUAAUGCACUUUUGAAAGAUGCUUUGACAGAUUGCUUGUGUUUCCGCCCUUACAUGCAAACAUCUUGUUGCACUUACCUGUAUGACAACGAGCGUUUUCGGCAUCAACUCUAGUGAAGUAUUACCACACUUUUAAAUGUUUUGCUCUAUCCGCCAUCGUCACUCUUUGUAUUAAGCGAGAGUUUUUCGUGCUAUUAUGUGUGUGCGUGCGCUGCGCUCGUUGUUGUUGUGUGUAUGUGUGUGUGACAGACCUCGCAGAUCUCACAGACAAACGUCUUAAUAUUAUUGCAAAUUAGAAAUGUUUGGUGAGAUAAAAUGUACACGUCACAUAAUUAAGCAAGAAUACAUAGUACAUUUAUUUUAAUUUUUUUCUUCAGUAACGAAAGCAGAACCGAUAGCGUCAGAUCUUACUGAUAAUACGAUCUUUCAUAAUUUAGUCCCGGGGCCAGUUUAAUACCGGGUUUCGGUACCCAUCCCUAAUCGUGCGCGCUCAAAAAAGAAGUCACUGGCUGCCACUGAGUAUUUGUAUAAUUUAUAGCAACUUCUAACAAGGCAAAACAGAUGAAACAACUUAUUAAUUCAAGUUGUUUAAACUUGAACAUUUAAGUCCAACAAGGAAUUUUUACAGUGUAGAAUACCUAUUACCACCAGACUAGUGAUGUUAAAAUGUUAGUCACUUCUGUUUGCUAAUUAAUACAUAUACAUUUUAAAUUAAUUUUAUAGUGUAGGUUUCAAUUUCUACAAACCACCAUUAUGUCGAUCAGUGUUUGCAUUUCAUCAACUCAUUUAAAGUGCAUUUAUGUAUGAAAACUCAAGGGCAAACUGUAAUGGACACGCUUGUGACGUGACAGCAGUGAUGCUCUUUGAAUAAACACAAUUUUAAUACACAAAGCAAGAGCGACCAUCCAUGUAAAGCAUUUAAACUAUUUGAAUUUCAAAUUUUCAUUACAUUAGUAACCAUUUAAAGAAAUUAUUAUGCUACUGUGUGUAUCCCUAAAAUAUUCCUCUAACAUUUCUUCGUCAGCAUAUGAUAUUUUUGUAUUAGUCCUGUACGCAAAUAUAAAUAGAAAAUUUUAAAGUAGCUGUUUUCAUUUAAGAACUCAAUGCUACAAUAAAUACAAAUAAAUAACUUGGGUAACAACUUUUCAUAAGAUAAUAUGUGUUAUUAUAUUUAACUCUUUAUUAUGAAAAUUAUUCUUCAUUUGAAUGUUAGUAAAAGCUUGAUAUGCUUUGCUUUGACGUGCUGUUUAGGGGUGGGAUCAAAUUAAAGGAUUAUAGAAUGCUGGAAGAGUGAGUUAUUCACUGUAAUACUUGACCAUCUUGACACCAGAAGUGUAUAGUUGUGUAUAAAUAUAAAGAGUUUAGAAGAAAGGAUCCUACAUUGGGUGUGCAGUGAUGUUGAAACAUCAGCGAGGAGCUGUGACAGCAGUUAUGAACAUGAGUUUGUUUGUGCUGCUUCUGCUGUCAGGACUUCUGUGCAGCGCUUCUGGUCUUUGGCAAGAGUAUCAGUACAUAAACAGAAAUAUGACAUGGACAGAUGCUCAGAGUUACUGUAGAGAGAGAUUCACUGAUCUGGCUACUGUAGACUCAAUGGAUGAUGUGGACAAGAUGAUGAAUACAGUGAAUGAUGGGUACAGUGGAUCAGUCUGGAUUGGACUGCAGAAGGGAUCACAGAGUAAUUGGGUUUGGUCAAAUGGAGAAGAUAACAUUUCAUACAUUCCAUGGUACACAGGAGAACCUAAUGGUGGAAAUUGUGCUAAUGUUAUUGGUAAUGCUUGGUUCGAUUAUUUGUGUACAACCGCAUUACGGUUUGUGUGUUACAACGAACCUACUGAAUACAUCAAAAUAGAUUAUUUGAAAAACUGGACAGAUGCUCAGAGUUACUGCAGACAACAUUACACUGAUCUGGCCACCGUCCACAACUCUCAAGAACAGAAGCAGCUAUAUGCAGCUGUUAAAUAUGAUUUGAAUUGGUACUGGAUCGGUCUGUACAAGGAAUUUUGGCAGUGGUCUGAUCAGUGGAACUUCACCUUUAGAAACUGGGCAGCAGGACAUCCAUUCAUAAGUUCUGGUGAUUGUGUUGCCAUGUCAACAACUGAUUCUGGUAAAUGGGUUCGAUACAGCUGUGACCAACAGUACCCUUUCGUCUGCUAUGGAGAGGACAAGUUAGUUAAAAGACAGACUGUGAGACUGAGCUUGUCCAAUGAUGGAAAUUACAACUUGAAUGAUCCUUCGGUACAGACUGCCAUUCUGAACGAGAUAAGUGAAAAGCUAAAGAUCAUGGGGCUGGGAGGCUUGAGGAGCAUAAGCUGGAGACAGGAUGAAGUUGGAAAGGUGUUUUAUCUGACUACCAAACGAAAAAAAGCUCAUUUUGAUAAUGUAUGUAAAUAUAUUAGGAACUAAUCGUCGAUGUAUUUCUGUAACUUUAAAACAUACUGUACUCUAAGAAUACUAAAUGAAUUAUGUGUGUGUCGUAUUUCAGAUGAAAACAAUUUGAGUUAUUUUAGAAAAUGUCCUGGCUCUUCCAAGCUUUUAGAAAACUAGAUGCUAUUAUUAUAGUUUAUAAAUUUUUAAAUGUACAAAAUCACAUCAAUUACCCUUUAGAAGGCCUUUAUUAAAAGGGAGGUUUAAUGCUAUUUCAUGCAUUCUGACUUAUUAACACAGUUUAAGAGUUGUAGUCCUCAUGCUAAACAUAAGUGUCAAAAAAGCAGUUGAGCUUGUAACAGAGUAUUUCUGAGCCAAACUCACGCCUCCUUUUUCCUACAAGUUUCGGAAGGUUUUUUUCAAAUGGGGGUAUCCAUUACGACUGAUUGACCCCAUAUUCCUUUUAUGGGCCUUUACCCCCAAAAAAGCACGCCUGCCCUGCACGUCAAGUAAGAGCGUAAACGCGCAUUAGCAUUGCUCCGUCGAGUAGAAGUCACCGGUAUCAUUGCACAGCACGCGACGACUUUGUUUUAGCAAGAUAGUUAGACAAAAGAAGUGUGUUUUUGGAUGUAAGGAGAAGAAAACCUUAUUUAGCUUUCCCUGUCGUAAGACAACAGUGGCUGCAGUUCGUUUUUCCCGGACAGCAACAUAAUUGCGAAUGAGUUUGUUUGUUCCCUUGGCUGCAUUUCGGAGAGGACUGCUUUACAAACAAGGCUCAGUUUGACGCCGGAUUUUCCACUUUUUUACAACUAUUGGAGCGGUCAAAACUUUAAAAAGACCCCAUUUAGGAGUCACAACCACAGGCGUAAGUAAUUCAAAAUCUCACGUGUUUUGUUUGCAAUCGCGCAUACGUGCAUGUAAUGUAAACAACACCAACAACAGCACUUUGUACUGCAUUUACAACAUUUACACCUUUUAAAACGGGCAAAUGCAGUUAAAAACUGGAUUAUGUUGCUUUUUAUUAAAAUAGCGGAUAAACAAGCAAGGAUUAAUACCUGAUAGAGACGUCCUGGUGUAAUCGUUGCUGCUAUUGUUCCUGUUGGUCCAUUACUGACUAAGUAUCCGAUUCUGGAUCAUAUUUAUAAUAUGAGGCUGGUUAUUUAAAAAAAAAGUUUUUUUAAAGUUUGAUUUUCCAUCUUUGUCAGCUGUAAAUCCAAAAGUAGUAUCCGAAGCUGCGCGUACUCGUAACUCUUUAUCUCUGCCUACCGCACGCCUUCAAGUGUUCGACCUUUUACGCCAAAAAUCGGAAAGGCUGUUUUUUCUUUUAUAAAUCUGACUAAACGAAAGACUCUUUGGACAUAUGAAUGAUGAAAUACUAGUCUAUAUAUAAGCAAGUCUAACAUUUGAUUGGCAAAAACGUCUUGUGAUAUGUCAGCUUUAAUCUCCUGGAGCUGUGAGGAUUACUUCUGUGAAGGAUGGAUGCACUUUUUGGGGCUUGAAAGUCGUGUACCCUGUUUUCUACCGUUAUAAGGCUUGGAAGAGCAAGGACAUUUACGAAAAUAACUCAAAUUGUGUUCGUCUGAAAGAAAAUGAACAUGCGUAUCUCAAAUGGCUUGAGAGUGAGAAAUUCAUGGGGUAAUUUUCAUUAUUUGCUGGAGUACCGCUUUAAGCUCUUUAUGAAUACAAUGCAUAGUUUGCUUUGGUGUGUGUAGUAGAUAAUAUAUGUAUAUAUAUAAUAUAUUUCCUAUUUGUAAUGGAAAUUUAAUUGACAUUGUUUAUUAAUAAAACUUUUAGUUAAUAAGCUGAUAUUCAGAUUUCUGAAGAAUAACAAGAACAGAUCACAGAAGAGUAUUUAUCAACUGUAAAUGCAUAUUAAUUAUGACAGAUUCAACUUACUUUGCCUAACCUGAGAAUAAUAAAAACAAGGCAAAACCUUGUUAUAUUAUUUAUAUAAUUGUUAUAUUGCAUUUUUGGGAGAUGUCUGUACUGUGAAUAUUGAAAUACACUUUAAUACACUAAACUUCAAUACACUCCUGGUUGUUUUUAGUGUAAGGUAAAUGUUACAUGUGCCUGAGUAAAAAUCUAAUGGAAAUGAAGCAUGAAUUUGCAUUUGACUAGGAAAAACAAAACACAAGAGAGGAUUUCCCCCUCAUUAAAUAAAUCCACAACAGCCUAACAUGCAUAAUUAAAAUUGAUAAGUAAAUGCAGUGCUAUAUAAUAUAAAGGCAUUUUCUGUCAUAUGUUUAUUUCAAGCAAGAGAUGAUGUACAGGUAUAGGACAGUUUGCAUUUGUGGCAUGACAGCAGUAAAGCUCAUUUACAUAGGCUACACACAUUUUAAUACACAAAGCAAGAGCUAUGCAAAACCAGUGAUGUAAAACAAUUCUAGCUAUUUAAAUAUUACAUUUUAAUAACUUUUUAUGUUAAAUGGUUUAUUAUUUUAAGGCAUGUUUAGUCCUGAAAAUGGUCCUGUAAUUUUUCUUCAUCAGCACAGUUUCAUAGUGUUAGUGUUAGUCUUGCAUGCACAAUAAAGUUUCUGAGUUUAAAUGA